UUCCUCUCUUCAUUCGUGACUCAGACUGCGAGUCGACCCAUUUGCAGCCCACAGCUGUCGCUUCUCGGCUCCAAGCUAAGGUAUCCACGGCCAUCACCUCAAUCGAACUACCUUGUGGGACGAAGUGUGCCCACUGAGCAAACGGCCAGGCGCUAGUUGUGAGAAGAUGUUGUCUGUUCGAAGGCCCGUUAGCGGAAAGGUCUGCGGGGCGCCCAGCUCGAUGGUCAUGUCAUCUCGACCUCUCAUCUGCUUCGAACCCUUUCUUCAGUCGUGGAAGAUCAAAGCAAGAUUGGUUGCCGAGCGAAGUCGCAGCUUUCACGCUACGCCCCAUAGCUCGUAUCGGCUCGCAGAUGGUCAAUGUCAGCAUACAUACCGCCUCGCUCAGACAUUUCAAGUCAGAUCGAUCUCCUCCCCUUCAGCCUACACGGGCACACGUCCAGGAGAGUCAUACGCGCCGAGCGAACGUGAGCGUCGUGCGCCUGCGCUGGAGGGCACAAAUCAAAGUACAGCACACUCGGCACGAACGAGCACGACGGAGCUGAGCAGCACGGAUCCUUUGGAUGUCUAUCUUUCAUUGGUGGAGAGGGGAUUCGUCAGAAAGGACGACGAGCAGAUCAGAGUGAUGGUCAAACUACGAGACCUCACGCGUAGACUGCAAGACUACACCCCUCCAGCUCAUUUGCUCUCACGUCUCUCUACCGCUUCCUUCUCGCCUUCAAGCAGCGGCACUACAUCAGGUCCCAGCUCGGAUCAGCCAGAAGAUACCGCGGAGAACAUUACAGCCUUGGUUCAGUACUUGUCCGAGUCUCAGUCCCUGAAAGAUCUGGACACUCCCAGAGGUCUGAUCCUCAUCGGUCCGCCUGGCAGAGGAAAGACUUUUCUGCUCGAUACUUGGUACGAGCAUUUGGCUGUGAGCGGCAAAUUCAGACGGCACUAUCAUCAUCUACUGCUCACAAUCUACCGCAUGAUCUUUCUGGAGGCAGAGCGACGUCGGGAAGAACGCCAAGCGAUGCGUUCGGGUCAAGUCGUCGCGCGGUCAAGUGCUCGAGACAUUUCUUCUUCGGGCCCUCGUCGAGGCGUAGGGGUGCGUUGGGUGCGAGAGUCCACCAAGUCAACCAACGCCGCCUCAUCUUUGUCCGCACUCGAGGAAGACGAGGACCGAAUGACUUCUGGUAGAGGAACGACUUGGAAGAGGGUGCUCGAGGGAAUGCCCUUUUAUAGACCUGAUGUGCUUAGCAAACGAGGUGGAGGCAUGGCCGGAAGCGAUUUGGAUUCGAAAGAGUUGCGACCUGGAGAGGCUCUUCAGGGCCUUGGACAAGGUACCGAACGUAGCUUGGCCUUGCAUACCGCGGCGACAUUGUUUUUGAAGCACGGUCAUGUGCUGCUCUUUGAUGAGCUGCAGCUCGUCGACGUCUCUUCCGCUUCUCUCCUCAGGCAAAUCUUGACUGCGUACUGGUUCUUGGGAGGCGUCAUCAUCGCGUCUUCUAAUCGUCUACCUGAAGACCUCUUCGCCAACCAUGUACAAAGAAGAGCCCUUACAGAGUUUCUGGACGCCAUGAGAGAGCGCUGCGAGGUGAUCGAGAUUGGAGGAGAAAAGGAUUGGAGAAGGGAGUGGGGAAAGGAAAAACUUGAUGCAGAGGAUGGUGGGGAAGUGUUCGAGAGCAGGAGAAAGGAGCUGAGCUUCUUCGUUCAGGGUGUGGAUGAUAGGGCAUUUGAGAAAUGCGUGCUGGGCGUCGUAGGACAAAGAAAAGGUGGACGAGCAGAGGUGCCCGUCUAUGGACGGAAAGUACUGGUGCCCCUCUCCUACGAAGCUACCUCAACCCAGGCGCCGGCGUGUCGUUUCGCCUUCAAAGAUCUUUGCGACACGCCCCUUGGACCGGCUGAUUAUCUGUCCAUCGCGAGCACUUACAGAACGAUCAUCCUCGACUCGGUACCUCAACUCUCUCUCGCUCAGAAAAACCAAGCACGAAGAUUGAUCACGCUCCUAGAUGCGAUCUACGAAGCGGGAUGCGAUCUGGUCAUUCGUGCCAGCUCAUCUCCCGACGAUCUAUUCUUCCCCAAAGAACGAGAAGAGGCAGCUCGCGAAGAACAGGACGGGAUCGAUGCCGAUUCUUCUCAGUUGAUUCAGAGCGAGACGCUGAGCGAGGCGCUGCAGGACACAGAGGAGGGCUUCAGACCCAAUAUUGGGAGUUAUAAAGAGGGUCAAGAUAGGGACGCGCGCGUUGGAUUCGACCCUGAUGGAGAAGGUGAAGGGUUGGAACAUUUGCAGCAGCGAGUGAAACGCGGCCGGAGAGCAGAGCCGGGUAGGUUGAGCGAAGAGCAAGAAAAGGAUCGAAAGUCUGGCGACGGCAAUUUCAUGAGCUUGGCCAUCUUCUCUGGCGAAGAUGAGCGCUUCUCGUACCAGCGCGCAGUUUCGCGUCUUCACGAGCUCUCGCGAACAACGCGACAGUGGAGACCCUUUUUGGAGGAAGAGAUGGAUCAUUGGAGCGGAAUGAGCAAUCGAAAGAGCGUCUCUGACGCACCUCCUACCAAGAAAUACUACUCGGAUGCUGCCACCACCUCCCCCUCCUACGACUCCAAGACACUCUCGGGUGAAGGCGAGGAUUUUGGCGAUGAGGCCGCGUUCGUCGGCUCGACGAUCUCUUCUAAUCGGACAUCUUCAAGUGCAUCGCGCAGACAUGUCAAGCAGGAACAGGAUGGCGCGCCGAGGUUGGGAGAGCAGCACGCUUGGGGUAUGAGAGAGUGGGGCAAGGAUAGACUUCGACACGAAGAUCUGGAAGAGCUGCCCAAGGAGAGGAGGAAGAGGCUCAGAGAGGAGAGGCUUAAAAGCGCUAGUGAGAGCCAAUAAUCAGCAAGGUGCCCUUUAUCAUGUGGACACCGAUGCUUGGAAGCUUGCUCCACGUGCAGUCACGCCGCUGGAUCUCCACAAUACUUCUCGCACAGUCGAUACCCUCUGUCCUGGGAAUAGACACGCCAAGCAUUGUCACGCUCAAUUUGCAUCCU